GUGAUACACUACACACAUCACCAGGUGAAAAAAGAGAAUCGAGGGAGAAGAAGAAGGAAGCUAGGUUCAAGUAUCAACUUCCACCUUCCCUAAUCUCCAACUACCAUCAAAGGCGUGUCUCUCUCUCCCCAAUAAUCGGAUCUCUCUCUUCUCUCUCUCACACUCACACACACACUCUCUCUCUCUACAUGCACUGAGAAGCAUUGAUGUAUUCCAUAUAUAAAUUGCGAUUCAAUACCCUUGGCUUUCGUUAUGCUCCCAUUCAUGCCGGCCAGUAUUAUUUCGGACACAAUCACUCGUGGCUUUGGGAAUUAGAGGAAAAUAGGAGAGAUCGGAGAAAAAGAAAGAAAAAAAAAGGAGUGAAAAAUAAAUGGAGAGUACGAUGAAGGAGUUAACGGGUGAAUCGGUGCUUGAUUUAGAGGACAAAGCAGGUGUCGCCGGUGGUGUUGAGGAUGUGUACGGUGAAGAUAGAGCCACCGAGGAUCAGCCAAUCACCCCUUGGACCGUUUCCGUUGCUUGCGGUAACACAUUGUUGCGUGAUCCACGCCAUAACAAAGGACUUGCAUUCACCGAAAAGGAAAGAGAUGCUCAUUACUUAACCGGCCUUUUACCCCCAGUAGUUCUUUCUCAAGAUCAUCAGGAGAAACGGUUGAUGCACAUUCUACGUCAGUAUACAGUCCCGUUGCAUAGAUAUAUGGCAAUGAUGGAUCUCCAGGAAAGAAACGAAAAGUUGUUUUACAAGCUUCUAAUGGAUUAUGUGGAGGAACUUCUUCCUGUAGUCUACACUCCUACUGUCGGUGAGGCCUGCCAGAAAUACGGCAGCAUUUUCAGGCGCCCUCAGGGACUUUAUAUCAGCUUAAAAGAAAAGGGAAAGAUACUCGAAGUGUUGAAGAACUGGCCUGAAAAAACUAUUCAGGUUAUUGUUGUAACAGACGGUGAGCGCAUUUUAGGUCUCGGAGAUCUUGGCUGCCAGGGUAUGGGGAUUCCUGUAGGGAAACUCUCUCUCUAUACAGCUCUUGGAGGCGUUCGUCCUUCAGCAUGCCUGCCUAUAACAAUUGAUGUCGGCACAAACAAUAAGAAGUUGCUGGAUGACGAAUUCUAUAUUGGUCUGAGGCAAAAUAGAGCAACGGGGCAGGAAUACGCCGAGCUUCUAGAAGAGUUCAUGUCUGCUGCUAAACAAAACUACGGUGAGAAGGUCCUCAUACAGUUUGAAGACUUCGCAAACCACAAUGCUUUUGAUCUACUUGCUAAAUAUCGAACAACUCAUCUUGUGUUCAAUGAUGAUAUCCAGGGUACAGCCUCUGUGGUUCUUGCUGGGAUUGUUUCGGCUUUGAAAAUAGUUGGUGGAACUCUAGCGGAUCACACUUUCUUAUUCCUUGGCGCCGGAGAGGCUGGAACUGGUAUAGCUGAGCUUAUUGCUCUUGAGAUAUCCAAAAAGACAAAUACUCCGGUUGAACAGAACAGGAAGAAAAUUUGGCUUGUGGACUCCAAGGGGUUGAUUGUGAGUUCUCGUAAAGAAUCUCUUCAGCAUUUCAAAGCGCCUUGGGCUCAUGAACAUGAACCUGUCAGUGAAUUGUUGGAUGCAGUUAAGGCAAUAAAGCCAACAGUUUUAAUAGGAACUUCUGGUGUUGGAAAAACAUUCACAAAAGAAGUCGUUGAGGCUAUGUCAUCCAUCAACGAGAAACCGGUCAUUCUUUCAUUAUCGAAUCCAACCUCACAAUCAGAGUGUACUGCUGAAGAAGCUUACACAUGGAGUGAGGGACGAGCAAUUUUUGCUAGUGGAAGCCCGUUUGACCCUGUUGAGUACAACGGCCAAACAUUUGUCCCCGGCCAGGCAAAUAAUGCGUAUAUAUUCCCAGGAUUCGGUCUAGGACUGAUCAUGUCCGGAACAAUUCGUGUACACGAUGAUUUGCUUUUGGCAGCCUCUGAAGCAUUGGCAGCUCAAGCAAUGGAGGAGAAUUAUGCGAAAGGACUGAUAUACCCUCCGUUUACUAAUAUUAGGAAGAUUUCAGCCCACAUAGCAGCUAAUGUAGCUGCCAAGGCAUAUGAACUUGGUCUGGCUUCUCGUCUCCCCCGGCCUAAAGAUCUUGUAGCGUUUGCUGAGAGCUGCAUGUAUACUCCAGUUUACCGCAACUAUCGUUAGCUAGUAAUCCUCAGUGGGGCAGCCGACUUAGGGUAGUUUCGUCAUCUCCCACUUAUCCGUGGUGGAAUUAGCAUUUUUUUUUUGUCCGAUAGAACAUUAACAAAUAUAAACAUAAUAUUCAUAUCAAUGAAAAAAAAAAGAUAUUAAUCUAUAGAUAUUAAUAACUUUAUUACAUUUGGAUGGAAUCUUGCAAAGGAAUUCUUUUGCCAACACAUAAUAUCAUGAUGUACUCUUGGUGGGUUUCUUAUCAA